GUUCGAACGAAUCCUAGCUAGCUCACUCACACAACCGUUGACUUUGAGGGCAAGGAAUACAAUCUCAUCCACACUGCAAUGGCCUACGAGGGAAACGUGAGCGCGUCCGUGCCGGAAUGGCUCAACAAAGGGGACAACGCGUGGCAGAUGAUUUCCGCCACACUGGUGGGCCUCCAGAGCGUACCGGGCCUGGUCAUCCUCUACGGCAGCAUCGUGAAGAAGAAGUGGGCAGUCAACUCGGCCUUCAUGGCCCUCUACGCCUUCGCCGCCGUCAUCCUCUGUUGGGUCACUUGGGCUUACAAAAUGUCCUUCGGCCAUAGGCUGCUACCCUUUUGGGGUAAGGCAGGGCCGGCUUUGGGACAGAAGUUCCUGAUCUCUCAAUCGAAGUUACCCGCCACCGUUCACUACUUCUCGGACGGCGUUAGCGUGGAGACUCCGGCUAUCGAGCCGUGGUAUCCUGCUGCGACGAUGGUUUGGUUCCAAUGCGUGUUCGCCGCGAUAACGCUGAUACUCCUGGCGGGUGCAGUGCUUGGGAGAAUGAACUUCAAGGCUUGGAUGAUGUUUGUACCGCUAUGGCUCACCUUUAGUUACACUGUUGGAGCCUUUAGCUUAUGGGGUGGAGGCUUCCUUUUCCAUUGGGGAGUUAUGGACUACUCUGGUGGUUAUGUCAUUCAUCUCUCCUCUGGGAUUGCCGGCUUCACUGCAGCUUAUUGGGUGGGGCCAAGAGAAAAAAAGGACAGAGAGAGAUUCCCACCAAACAACGUACUGCUAAUGCUUGCGGGGGCAGGGCUGCUGUGGAUGGGGUGGGCAGGAUUCAACGGUGGAGAUCCAUACGCAGCCAACACUGACUCAUCUAUGGCUGUCCUUAACACCAACAUAUGUGCUGCCACCAGCCUCCUCGUUUGGACAUGGCUUGAUGUCAUUUUCUUCAACAAGCCCUCUGUCAUUGGAGCUGUCCAAGGAAUGAUCACUGGCCUAGUUUGCAUCACUCCCGGCGCAGGUCUAGUACAAGGAUGGGCAGCCAUAAUAAUGGGAGUGAUGUCUGGCAGUGUCCCAUGGUUCACCAUGAUGAUCCUAGACAAAAGGUGGAAGCUCUUCACCAAAGUAGACGACACCCUCGGCGUUUUCCACACGCACGCAGUGGCCGGCCUCCUCGGUGGCCUUCUCACUGGACUCUUCGCCGAGCCCCAGCUUUGCUCGCUCUUCCUGCCCGUCACCAACUCCCGUGGAGGAGUUUACGGAGGGUCAGGCGGCAUGCAAAUCGCCAAACAGCUGGUGGGCGGGCUGUUCAUCAUCGGUUGGAACCUCGUGGUGACAUCGAUUAUUUGUGUAGUGAUAAAGGCGGUGAUGCCGCUUAGGAUGCCGGAGGAUCAUCUCCUCAUUGGUGACGACGCGGUGCAUGGUGAAGAGGCCUAUGCGCUGUGGGGUGAUGGGGAGAAGUAUGACGUUACCAGACAUGAGGUUUACUACUCUGAUGAUACUUCACAACCUCGUCAAUAUCCAUCAAGUGGUGCUACUCAAGUGGUCUAAAAUAAUUUGCGAGAAAAAUAGUGCUCAUGUUGGUCAAGGAAAAUACGUGAUCUUUCAACUUAAUUCCAAGGGUUCAUGUUCGUUUGUGAAAGCAAUUACUUAAUUUUACAAAUUGUUUAUAUAUCUCGAGAAGAGUGUCAUAGUGUGGUUGUUAUUGUUGUUUGAUUAUUGGAAGGCCUUGUACGGAACAUGGGAGUUUUUGUUUUCUUUUUCUUUUUCUUGCUUGGUGAACGCCCCGUCAAACAGGGGCGCCAUUCAUUGAACCAAAA